GGACAUGCUGCUUCCGUGGCUGACUCCGCGAUUGAUAGCAGAACGAAGCGUCAUCUGAUAACUUAACCUGCACAGCCGCGUCUGACCUGCAUUAACCGGCUGAAGAUCGCUGCACUCGACACUCCCCAGUACAGUACUGUUUCCGAGUAGCUCACCCUCCUCCUCCGUCUAUCAACAGCCUUCCCCUCCGAGGGGCCCCCCCAUCGUUUCCCCUCCUUUGAUCUGAGCGACUUGUGCCUGUCAGACGAGAUGACUCGGCCCCCGACCGCCCUUUCAGCUCCAGGCAAGGUCCUGCUCGCUGGUGGUUAUCUAGUUCUUGAUCGGGACUAUACCGGCCUUGUCUUUGGCUUAGACGCCCGUAUCCAUGUCCACGUGCAGCCGCUCUCCACCAGCCCCGGUGUUGUUCUCUCGGAAAUCAUUGUCCGCUCCCCUCAAUUUCGCGAUGCUGAAUGGAGAUAUGGUUACCGUCUGGCCGCCGAGUCUAGAGGUAUUGACGUAACUCAGCUCAAAGGACUUUCUACGUCAUGCCUCUCGCGCAACCCGUUCAUCGAGACGGCCCUGACCUACGCCUUGACUUACAUCUCAAUGAUGAUCCCGGGUGUCAUUGAGGCUUCUUCAAUCACGAUUCUCGCCGACGAUGACUAUUACUCUCAAACAGCUUCACCAGGCGCCCGCCGCGAACGCUUUAUCAAUUUCCACGUGCCAUUGCAGUCCGCACACAAGACGGGCCUUGGUUCAUCAGCUGCUCUGGUCACCGCCUUCACUGCUGGUCUCCUAGCGCAUUAUCUGCCCGCUGAGCAGUUUGAUCUCAAGACUGACAAGGGCAGAGCUAUCUUGCACAAUCUAGCGCAAGCUGCCCACUGCGCUGCACAAGGCAAGGUUGGUUCCGGCUUCGACGUCGCAGCCGCCGUCUACGGUUCAUGCCGUUACCGGCGUUUCUCGCCCGCCCUGCUAGAGGGACUUGGGGAGAUUGGCUCUCGCGGGUUUUCAGAUCGCCUCAAGGCCCUAGUUGAGGACACGGAGCCUGCCAGGAAAUGGGACACUGAAAUCAUCAAGGCCGGAAUCAACGUUCCCAAGGGUCUCCGGCUCACCAUGUGCGAUGUUGACUGCGGAUCCCAAACCGUCGGUAUGGUGAAGCAGGUUCUCGCAUGGAGAAAAGAACAUCCAGAAGAGGCAAAUGCGCUCUGGUCGCGGCUGCAGGAAAAGAACGUUGAGCUCGGGAAGCAAUUGUCAACAUUAGGCGAUGCUACGCGCCGCUCAGACGCGGAUUUUGACGAGCUGAAGGAGGUCAUUGCCGAUAUACGAUCUAUGAUGCGCCAAAUGUCCAAGGCAUCAGGCGUUCCAAUUGAGCCGCAGAUGCAGACUGAGCUUCUCGACGCCUGUUCUGCGCUCCCUGGCGUCAUUGGUGGCGUUGUUCCCGGAGCUGGAGGGUAUGACGCUGUCGCUCUGCUUACCGUGGACCAGGAGUCGGUGCUGGGUCCGUUACGAAAAUUACUGGAUGAGUGGAAGGUGUCACUCUGGAAUGAAGAUGGCGCUGUUGCGAAUGGCAGCAUAGGCAAGGUACGAGCACUCGGAGUACGGGAAGAGAUGGAGGGCGUGCGGUUUGAACGGGAAGAUGCAUAUCGGUCUUGGAUUGAAUAAUUCCAGCUUACCGGUCUAUAAGCGCCCAUGGACACUUAUUCUUUGUAUUUUUUUUUUCUUUCUCUUAUCACUUUCUUGUAUAUCUCUAUUACCCCGUCUUGGCUGCUCUCCUGGGUUUUCCUGUUUAUUUUGACCGGGCAUGGCCACUGUUCUAUGUAUUUACCACUUUGUAUGAAGUAGAGUUGGAGAAUUUGUCAUAAUGAUCCCCAACUCAUUUUGGAGAGAGGGCCCGUUGCCUUAUGGAGUAAGAGAGAGGGACGAUCCACACUCCAAUCAGCUGUUUGAU